CCCUCUGCCGCUGCUGGGGCAAAUAUAGUCGGUGGGCCAUAGGAGACCCCCCCACCCUGCUCUGGUCCGCUCCUCCCGCAAAUGGACCUUUAGCCUGCAAUGUGGCUGUUCGGACAGAGGCUGAAUAUCAGAACCCCAGCAGGAGAACCGUGGACCCUAUCGAACAGCUAUGGCCUCCACUCCGUCCGCCUCUGCCCUGUCCGCGGUUCUCCGGUGUCGGGGGAAUAUCUGGACCAGGAACCCGCCGACCAAGCGGCCUGCAGCCUCCGCCUACAGCCUCGGACUGUCCGCCGGCACGCUGCGCGACUCCACGGCUGAGCGCACCGGGUCACCGCGGAGCGCUACGUGGGAAGCUUUUCCCCGAUGUGUCGUGGUGGGAGGGAGGCUGGCCGUUGCGUACAAAGUAGGUGGUAAAAUACCGAGAGCGAAAGACCCCAGGGAGGCGAAUAAAUUAUGUUUUCCAAAACUUUCGCAACCCCCAGGGGACGCGCACUCAGCACCGCCUGGUGUCCAAAAGGGCCAGCUGGCGCGCAGACUGACACCUAACCUGCCUGGAAGAGAUAAAUGCUCCAAAAUAAUCCACAUGAUGAAAUACGAAUCAUGCGCUGCACAUAUCUGUAGGAUAAUAUUUGUUCAGGACACGAGUGAACUCCCAGCUGGCGUGGUGAAGCUGUCCGUGACUUCUCCGCGUUUGGUAACAGGACAUAUCCCGUCCUUCGUGUUGUCUGGAUGGUCAACACUGAAGAGAAAUUGCUUAUCUUUGACUUCUCUGGUGUCAGAAAUGAUACUCUAUAAACUGGCGGUGCUGUGCGGUUCCAAUAACAGCCUUCAGGAUGCGCAACAACACCUGCUGGAUGAGGAAAACGCCAGAAAAGAUGCCCUGCAGGCAAAUGUACACAUCCACACUUCCUCCAAAGACAACGGUGGACAAAACAUCACAGAGGACAGACCUGACUGAGUCCAAGGCCUCGGCUCCAAAAAUACACACUGUGACCCAACAUCUUUUGUUGACUUUUACACAGCUUUCACAAUACGCAACACAACUGGACUUCAACCUGCCGAAACAGGAAAACAGCAUUUGGUUUUAUAGUGCACUUUUCCAUUCACUGUAAAGACACGUAUGAGAAAUAAACACAGAUAUUGCUUGUAAUCCUACAUUCUGAAGUAUUCUAGGCCCACUGAUAUGUUACUGUUGGUCAAACCUUUAUUUUUGAGGUUGGUCUGCAUGUUUUUCAAAGAAGCUUGAUGCAAACGUUUCCUUCAGAACAUCGUACAAAAACUGAAGACAUCUAGAAAAACUGCACAAAUGUGGUGGAAUAAUUAAACCUAAUAAAGACCCCCACAAAUAUUCAGUGCCA